GGCAAGAUUUUUUGUUUUCGUUCUUUUAUUAGAAAUUCCAGUAUUUUAGCGAUAAGUUAAAUAAAGAGUACAAAUUGUUACAUUUCAAGUGUGUAUUAUACGAGUGAGGUGUAAAAUCAAAAUGAGUCUUUCUGAUCCUUCUGAUGAUGAGUCCAGUAGUGAUGAAAGUCCAGUGCCGGCGAAGCGACCACGGUCAGACACCUUCGGCGCCUCUUCUACCACUUCUCAAGGAUCAGUAUUACAAGAGUCCGAUGAAGAGCCAGAGGCAGCAGAGAACUAUGCCGCUGAAAUCCAAAAACCAACCUCAAAAUUUACAUAUCCUAAAAGAAGUACUGAGAACAACAUUAGACUUAGUAGGAGUAGUUUGAGUGAAAAUUGUUCUUCACCUAAUGAUCAGUAUGAUGACUUCAAACAAAAUUUUGAUGACAAUGAUGCUGAGAGUUCAUCUCCUGUACGGCCCAGUUUUGGAGGAGACACUAAUGAUAAUACCUUCUACAAUAAGCAUUCCAGUCAGUACAAAGCUUUUAGUGGAGAUUAUUCUGAGAAGUCCAAACGGAUGAUGAGCAACAUGGGCUACAAACCUGGAAAAGGUUUGGGUAAAUUUGAGCAUGGGCGAACUGUGCCUGUGGAGGCUUCCACUCAAAAAGGACGACGAGGUCUAGGGUUGAAGCCAUCUGUUGUGGGAGAAAUACCACAGGACUUCAAAUGGACACCUGAUGAGUCAAAAUCUGAGGCAAAAGAGGAAGUGCUAUGGAUGCCUCCACCACCAGAAGACCCGCCCUUGGGUGAUCAGUUAGAGGAGUGGUUACAGAGAGGUCCUAAGAAACUUACCAUUGAGGAUGAGACUCUUUUUGUGGAAUCUCACAUAUUGAAAGGUGUUCUAGAAUCAAAGUCCAUAUUUGACUCAUUGGACGAUAAAGACUUACGACACGCGCGAUUCCGAAGUAAUCCCUACGAAACAAUUGGUUCAGUGAUAUUUCUAAACAGAGCAGCUGUUAAGAUGGCCAACCUGGAUGCAGUAUUUGACUUUAUGUUUACAAAACCGAAGAAGCCGAAUGGAGACAGUGCAAUUGAUAAAAAAGAGAUAUUGUAUUUUGCUGAUGUUUGUGCUGGCCCUGGUGGCUUUUCUGAGUAUAUACUGUAUAGAAAAGGAUGGCGAGCAAAAGGUUUUGGCUUCACACUGAAAGGUGGAAAUGACUUCAAACUAUCUGACUUUUACGCUGGGACACCUGAAACGUUCAAUCCAUUCUAUGGAGUUAAGGAAGAUGGUAAUGUGUUUGAUCCUGCAAAUCUGACCUCUUUGAAAGAUGAAGUAUUAAAACACACAGAUGAUAAGGGUGUUCAUUUUCUUAUGGCUGAUGGUGGGUUUUCAGUAGAAGGACAGGAAAAUAUCCAAGAGAUAUUAUCAAAGCAGUUGUACUUAUCUCAAUGCCUGACUGCAUUGAUGCUGGUGAGGACAGGAGGGCAUUUUGUGGUGAAGCUGUUUGAUAUCUUCACGCUUUUCAGUGUUGGUCUCAUUUACAUUAUGUAUAGAUGUUUUGAGAGAGUGUCUAUUCACAAACCGGUGACGUCAAGGCCUGCCAAUUCCGAAAGGUAUCUCGUCUGCAUGUGGAAAAAGAUAGGGACGGAAUCUGCAGAGCAGCAUUUGUUCUCUGUCAACUCCAUUUUAUGGAAUGGACUGAAGGGCGAUGACAUUACGGAGCUAGUACCUUUGAGCAUUAUUCGGCAGGACAAAGGAUUCUUUGAAUAUAUUUACAAAAGUAAUUGCAUGCUUGGCGAGAAACAAAUUAAGCAUUUAUUGAAAAUAGCUUCAUUCAGUAAAGACAAAAAUCUGAAAGAGGAAAAUCAAGCGGAAAUGAGAGAGCAAUGUCUGAAAUUAUGGCAAUUGCCAGAUAAAGUGCGAAUGCAACCAGAACGACAGAGACCAGAUGAAACGUUAAUGGCUGUGGCAACACUAAUGAAAAAACCCCCUAAAAACGUUACAGAUGCGCAUUCUUUCAAAACUAAAGUUUUGAAUGUCCAACCGGAGUACUUGAAAAGCGCGUCAGAUUUAGAAGUUUUCAAGAAAGUUUACGAUUGGCAUUUUAUGGUUUUAAGCAGUGGAAAGAACAAUCCAGAUUUGAAGUUCUUCAUAGGUUGUGGAGGCAAACAAGUGCAUCAGUUAGAUGGUACAUCAUGGAAAAGCGUUAUAGACUUGAAUAUAACUAUGCCUGCAAAAACAUUGAUUUAUGGAGAGCUCGUAAAAGAGUACCGUGGCCAAGGCAAUAAUCAAGUAUUCAACAAAGCCUUGCACGUUGUCGACGGCCUGGUGCUGGGUGGUAUAGAUAUAUCACAUCUUCCUUUGACAGAAAGAAUGAAUCAGUGUGCGCUGUUCUGUACGGCACUAGAAAAACCAUUCGAAACUCUCGCAAUGCCUAUUAGAUGCAAGCGUUUAUUUAAUAUGGAAUCCUUCUCUUCGGCUAUGAACCAUCUUGAAGUCCGUGCAAUGAAACGAAUCCGGAGAGCUGUUACAAUCGACACACCUAACAGGCACAGAGAUGGAAUGUUUUAUGUGGUUGGAUCCUUGCUUUUCAUUAAGGAAAUUAAAGAUCCAUGGUCAGCGCAAAUGUCAAAGACAAGCGGUUGUAAGUACUAUUUCUGCGUAGAGAACAAAAAACCUCGCAGCGAAUAUUACAUUCCUGAGGAGGCUCGAUUAGAUAUGGUGAGCGGGUUUUUAGGCCGCGUCAUGUGGAUUUGGGACGACGCCGCCGGCGCCAUUUUAGAAGGUCAGCCGUGUCAAGGACUGUCGCGGGCGGACAUGGAAAAAUAUAUUCGUUAUAAUACAGCUAAGAUAUAAUAGAUGAAUUAUGUAAAUAAAAACACUCAAUAAAAUAUAAGCAUA